AUGAUUACGGUAGAGGUAACGUGGCCUUCCAUUCAGUCAAAGAUUAUUAUUUCUGCUAUCUAUGCCUCCAAUGCUAUUGAAGACAGGAUUGGUUUGUGGAAAGAAAUCGCUGACUUGGUGUCCGCUCACGGCCUUGAUUCUAAACCAUGGCUGAUUCUGGGAGACUUCAAUCAGAUAAGAGCACCUACUGAGCAUUCUAAACCGGCCUCUUUAAGCAUGGACAAAAGGAUGUGCGAUUUCAAUCAAUGUCUCCUUGCUGCUAGUGUCGACGAUCUGAACUACAGAGGCAACACGUUCACAUGGUGGAACAAACGUAAGCUGGACCCGAUUGCAAAGAAGCUAGAUCAAGCGCUAGUGAACGAAGACUGGUACUUUGAGUUCCCUUCAUCAGUGGCUUACUUUGGCAGUCCAGAAUUCUCUGAUCAUGCUGUUGUCUCCAUCACGCUGGACCCCUUUAUUGACAAGAUUAAAAAACCCUUCCGGUUCUACAACUUAAUCAUCAAGAACCCAAAGUUUCUUGAUAUGAUCUGCAUUGCCUGGUUUUCUAUGAAUGUUACAGGAUCCGCGAUGUACAGGGUUUCUCGCAAACUUAAGUUACUAACGAAGACCAUUAAAGAUUUCAGUAGAGAGAACUACUCGGGUAUUGAGAAGAGGACUGCCCAGGCUCUUGAAAAACUGGUGAAUGUUCAGAACAUUAUGCUAGCCUCCCCCUCGUCAGGAAAUGCUGCUUUGGAGAUCCAAGCGAUCCAAGAAUGGGAAGAACUGUCAAACGCCGAGACCGCUUUCUUCUUCCAAAGAUCGAGGAUUAAUUGGUUAGCAUUUGGUGAUGGUAGUUCUCGAUUUUUUCAUAGAUAUGUGGCGUCAAGGCAGAGUGACCUCGACCUCUUAUUUGAUUUCAAGUGUUCAGAGGAGCAAGCUGAGAACUUUGUGAAAGGCUUCUCGGCUGAGGAGAUAAGGGAGGCGUUCUUCUCCUUACCCAAGAAUAAAACAAGGGGUCCGGAUGGAUAUUCUUCAGAGUUCUUCACGGCUUCGUGGUCUGUAGUAGGCCUGGAAGUAACAGAGGCCAUUCAGGAGUUCUUCAAGUCUGGUUCUUUGCUCAAGCAGUGGAAUGCAGCUAAUCUAGUCCUGAUCCCGAAAGUACCGAAUGCAUCGCGACCCUCUGAGUUUAGACCUAUCUCUUGCCGUAAUACGGUUUACAAAGUUAUUGCGAAGCUUCUCGUGUCUAGGCUAAAAGAAAUCCUUUCACUAAUGGUUUCUAACUCCCAGUCAGCCUUCCUCCCCGGCAGGCUUCUCGCGGAGAAUGUGUUACUGGCGACUGAUCUAGUAAAUGGAUACAACACUCAGACUAUUUCACCUAGAGGCAUGCUGAAAGUUGAUCUUAGGAAGGCGUUCGACUGUGUUCGAUGGGAUUUUUUAAUGGCCUCGCUUCGUGCCCUCGCUGUGCCGGAAAGUUACAUUAGCGUCAUCGCUCAAUGCCUGACAACUGCGUCCUUCUCUGUUUCAGUUAACGGCGCUACCGGGGGGGUUUUCACGAGCUCAAAAGGAAUUAGGCAGGGGGACCCCCUCUCCCCUUACCUAUUUGUGCUUGCUAUGGAGUGCCUAUUUAGACUUCUGCUUUUGUGA